UCCUCCAGACUCCGUUUGGAGGAAGAGCGAGAGCGCAGCGCACCGCGGAGCGCGCAGCUCCGGACCCACCUGGGCGACCAGAGAGAAGUGAGCUGCUGGAGAAAAGCUUUUCCACCUGCUCCGAGCCUCACAGAACACACAAACACACACACACACACACACACACUCACACACACACACACACACACACACACACACAAAUGCACCUCUGGCACAUCUGCCACGUCGUCUCUGACGGUCAGAGGAAGAAUCCGUCUCCCGUGGACCGAAUGGUUGUUUCGGGGGCGCGCGCGCCGGACGCAGCGCUCAGAUUCUGAACGACGAGAUAGAAGGAGGGGGGUUGGGAGGGGGGGAGACUCUGAGAAGCCUCGCGUCUCGGAGCGAGCGAGCCUUCAAAUGGAGCUCGGUGGCGAUUUGACUCCAACGUCGAAAGCUCGAAGGCGAUGCCGCGCGGCGCGGGGCGCGAACGCGUGCGCAAGCUGGAACAGAUGGACGCGAGCCCAGCAACUCCCGGGAGACAUGCAGUGUUGCUGAAUGGGUGACAAGCUUCAAGUCACCUUGCAUACCCUCUGAAGCCCGCCCCCCCACCGCUUCGCCAAUCUGCAAUCAAUAUACAGGACAGGGUCCCCCGUCGGAGAAGCAGGGAUGUACCAGGAGGUGGCCUUCCUGGCAGGCAGCACUGAGCACCAGUUCACCACCUUCCGCUUCGACCGCGUCGAGAACCCAAAGGAGGUCACCGCCAAGAAGGGCGUCUUCUACAAGCGAGCCCAGCUCCUGCUGCACCCUCAGCCCCGCCAGCAGGACGGCGACGAGAUCGGUCGGGCCGACGGGGCAGCCAUCAUCAACGUGGGGGGAAUCAAGUACCGCAUCCCCUGGUCAACGCUGGAGGAGUUUCCCUUGUCGAGGCUGGGGAAGCUUCGCGGCUGCAGCAACGAGGCCGAGAUCAUGGACGUGUGCGACGACUACGACUGCAGUCGCAACGAGUAUUUCUUCGACCGAAGCCCGUCGGCAUUCCGCACCAUUGUCUCGUUCUUGGCGGCGGGGAAGCUGCGGCUCCUGCGGGAGAUGUGCGCCAUGUCCUUCCAGGAGGAGCUGCUGUACUGGGGGGUGGAGGAGAACAACCUGGACUGGUGCUGCCUCCGGAAGCUGCGGCUCAGGCAGGAGGAGUACAAGGAGCAGCAGCGGUUGGAGGAGGAGGAGGCCGAGCUCACGUCGCCGCAGUCCUGCGAGGAGAGCCAGCAGCCUCCCGGAGCGCUGGCCCCCGAGGAGACUCCUCCGGGGGGCUGCAUGCGCAGACUGAGGGACAUGGUGGAGAACCCGCACUCGGGCAUGCCAGGGAAGAUCUUCGCCUGCCUGUCGGUGAUAUUUGUCGCCAUCACCGCGGUGACGCUGUGCGUCAGCACCAUGCCCGACCUCAGAGAGGAGGAGGAGAGGGGCGAGUGCUCCCAGAGGUGCUAUAACAUUUUCGUGCUGGAGACGGUUUGCGUCGGCUGGUUCUCCCUGGAGUUCCUGCUGCGCUUCAUCCAGACGCAGAGCAAGUGCAUGUUCCUGCGCACGCCCCUGAACGUCAUCGACGUGGUGGCCAUCCUCCCCUACUACAUCACCCUCAUCGUGGACUCUCUGUCGGUGGGAGGGAAGCCCGUGGGCUCGGGGAACAACUACCUGGAGAAGGUGGGGUUAGUCCUCCGCGUGCUGCGAGCCCUGCGGAUCUUCUACGUGAUGAGGCUGGCCCGGCACUCCCUGGGCCUGCAGACGCUGGGGCUGACGGUGAGGAGGUGCACGCGCGAGUUUGGCCUCCUGCUGCUGUUCCUGUGUGUGGCCAUGGCCCUCUUCUCGCCGCUGGUGUUCCUGGCUGAGAGCGAGUUGGGCGCCAAGCAGGAGUUCACCAGCAUCCCCGGCAGCUACUGGUGGGCGGUGAUCUCCAUGACCACGGUGGGCUACGGGGACAUGGUGCCCAGGAGCAUCCCUGGCCAGGUGGUGGCGCUCAGCAGCAUCCUGAGCGGCAUUCUGCUCAUGGCCUUCCCCGUCACGUCCAUCUUUCACACCUUCUCCCGCUCCUACGUGGAGCUGAAGGAGGAGCAGAUCCGCGCGCUGAGGCAGAAGCCGGACUCGCAGGACAGCACCAAGUCCCAGAACAGCGAGGACUCGCAGGACACGGACAGCUACCACGGCGUCACGGAGGCCGCAGUCUCCUCUGUGCAGCGGAGGAAGUCCUUGGCUGUCCGGAGGGCGGCUGAGAUUAGAGCGUCCGUGCAAACUUAGCAAGUGGCAGCCUGGGACCUGACGACAGCAGCGGGACAGUGAACCGGGACAUAUUUCUUCUCUGGAGCUUGCGGUCUCCGUUCUCGAUCAACGACUCUACGGGUUUCCUGAAUUUCACAGAGGAGCCGCCGAGGUCUGACUUUAAAGGACGACGGUACAAUACUCACGAUUAAACCACUCUAGUCAAAAGAUAACUGAACACUGAUAAAGGCUUGCACUCCCACUGACUGUGAUUCAGGCUUGAGCCUGUGCAAAAAGGGAAAUAUAAUACGCAGACCUCCGAGUGAUACAUAAUGUAUCUUACGUUGUUGCGUUCGAGGGGAUUGUCUCGAAUAAAGAUGUCUGCUGAGA